AUGCUCAAGCAGCCCCGGACGCUUGAAGCGUGGUUCUCGGGCAGCUGGCAGCAGGGUGCCCUCUCACGGGACGGUUUCAGCAGUCCCUGGCCGGUGGGUGGUCGAUUGAGCAGAGUGGGCGGGGCUGGCGCGGCGAGGGCGCUGGUGGACGGGCGAGACGUUGGAGCGCGCCCAGGCACCGCCACCUCCAAGGUUCGCUGCACGGGAGAGCGACACGCGGAAGACGCCGCAUCGGGGUCACUGCGGAGACGACGCAUCGGGGGUCACUGCGGCGAUCCUCCUCGAGGAGUGGCAGUGUGGCAGAGUGGCAGAGUGGCAGAGGCUGCAUGGCAGGAGGUAGAGGUACUUGUAGGAGACGUCGCGUCCGGAGUUGCCCCCUUAUACGGUACCGAGAGGCGGUACUUUCCGGACUAUCCCACUUCUGCGGCUAGCGUUCGUGGCUUGCUUGGCGCGCUAGUUCGCCGGAUGCGCCUGCACGCUGUACAUUCGCCCAUCGCGCCCAUCGCCAGCACGAUACGUCACAUCGCAGGUCGCCCUGCUACAUCGCAGGCCGUCCUGCAUGCGUCUGGCCGAAUGUACUGCUACCCAAGCUCCAUUGCCCUAGUCCGGUAUUCCCAUUCCCAUCUCUCCACACAUUCUCCAGCACCCCGACAUCCCACACCGGCCAGGCCAGCCUUGAUGGCACUCACGUGGCACUCACACCGAUUCCUUAGUGUCGAUCUUGAAGCUCUCCGCCCUAUCGUCCCCCUGACUUGCAAUGCGCGCGUCCUCUUCUGCAUACUCGAGGAGUCUGGCCAGCUACACCACUAUCUUGUCCCGAUGCACGAAAAGGCCUGGUCUAUGCUCGAAGAAAACUGGUCCACUGCUUGGAUGAGCUCGCUUCUACCUGUAACGAGGCAUCUAGAGCGUACAUACAGUCAAGGUACCUUAGUUUCAAGCUAAGCUGCACCAUUACUGUCACCUGACUGAUUAUUCAAGAGAGGGCCUGAUAGUGCGUAUACAAUUCCAAUGCGGGAUGGAAGUGCCAGUUCAUCAUCCUCUACAUCAUGUUUGAGUUUUGAAAGCCUACAUGGGUACCCCAAGCGGUAGCAAACAUAUGUGUCCAGCUAGACUCUUGACAAGAUAACAU